AGAGUCAAUUUCCGCCUGGAAAAAUGUCCCCUCAAACAUUUUUGUAGCGUCUCUGGGAGUUUGUAGAGUAGAAGCCUGGUUUUCCGGUUAAAACCCAAGAAUAUCACCCGGCAGUUUACGGGGAGAAGCCGUCGCCUCCCGCUCCCCCUGGGAAACACAAUCGCCAUGGAGGACACGGCCGAGCCGGGGCCUGGAGGAUGGAUGGACCGUCUCCCCUUUAGAGUACUGGCAGAGUAGCUCCCUGGAGACCGGUUGCAGUCGAACCCAGGCGGCUUAAGGAAACGGGACCCCGGAACCAUGUGCUUCAUUCGCAGCGUGAGAGAGACCAGAUAGCCGUGACCGAACCCCUCAUCCUGCUGCGGAACAAAAACAAACGGGAACAAGUCCCCCCCUUCCACCCCCAAUCUCCCCCUGUCUCCCCCUUUUCCCCCCCAGGGAAAAACACACACACACACACCCACCCACAAACAAUCAAAACAUUCGGGUUCGGAUACCAGUGCGGUUUUUUUUGUGCAACCUUGUAGAGGGGGGGGGACAGAGAAAAAGGAUCCAGCCCUGGGCGAUCGCUGGCUGGGAAGGAGCGACGACCCCCCCACCCCAGCUCCCACCCCUCCCGUUCCUCCCCACCCCUCCGUUCUCGACUAAUGGAUGUGCCUAGGAGGGAAACUACAGGACACCCCCUAAAGGAAAGCAACCUUUGACCUGUGUAGGAUUCUGGGUCGGCAACUGACGUCAUCUGCGGCGACCUCUUUUACCUCCUGCGGGGCGGAUUGGUUUGAACCGUGAUUCUUUGUGGCAGCGAGGGAAUAGAUCAGGAGAGAAACAUCGGACAGCUGAAGAACAACAGCGCUCCCUUCCUCAUCCUCCUCCUCCUACGUAGUGGAUUAAAACGACAAGGGGAGGCUGUGCUGCAGAGGGAUCACUCUCUUCCGCAAAGAUGGCGCGAGCGUGCCUCUCCGCGAGGGUCUUGCUGUGGGCCCUGGCUUUCCUGCUGGCGGGGGCGACCGUGGCGGGGCUGGAGUUCGGCGGGGCGCCGGGGCAGUGGGCCCGGUAUGCCCGCUGGGAGGCGGGUUCGGGCGGCGAGCUGAGCUUCAGCCUGAAGACCAACGCCACCCGGGCCCUGGUGCUGUACCUGGACGACGGGGGCAACUGCGACUUCCUGGAGCUGCUGAUCGCGGGCGGCAGGCUGCAGCUGCGCUUCGCCAUCCACUGUGCCGAGCCCGCCACCGUGCACGCGGAGACGCCGGUGGGCGACGACCGCUGGCACAUGGUGCUGCUCACCCGCAACUACCGCGAGACCAUGCUGGUGGUGGACAGCGAGGCCAAGGUGGCCGAGGUCAAGUCCAAGCGCCGGGAGAUGGCGGUGGUCAGCGACCUCUUCGUGGGCGGCAUCCCCCCCGACGUGCGGCUCUCGGCCCUCACCUCCAGCACCGUCAAGUACGAGCCCCCCUUCCAGGGCCUCAUCGCCAACCUGAAGGUGGGCGAGACCCCCCCGACCCUCCUCAACAGCCAGGGCAUCCAGAGCGACCUGGAAUAUCUUUGCGCCAGGCAGAACCCCUGCCUCAACGGCGGGAUCUGCUCCGUCCACCACGAGGAGGUCCACUGCGACUGCACCCUCACCCGCUACAGGGGGAAGUACUGCAACGAAGAAGAGCACACAGUGGAAGGUGAUUCAUCGCAAACCGGGAAGGACGAGUCCGUGGCGACGUUCAAGGGCAACGAGUUCUUCUGCUACGACCUGUCCCUGACGCCCAUCCAGAGCAGCACCGACGAGAUCACCCUCUCCUUCCGCACGCAGCAGCGCAACGGGCUGAUGCUGCACACGGGCAAGUCGGCCGACUACGUCAACCUGUCCCUGAAGCGGGGCGCGGUCUGGCUGGUCAUCAACCUGGGCUCCGGGGCCUUCGAGGCGCUGGUGGAGCCCGUCAACGGCAAGUUCAACGACAACGCCUGGCACGAUGUCCGCGUGACGAGAAACCUGCGCCAGCACGCAGGCAUCGGACACGCUAUGGUGACGAUCUCGGUGGACGGGAUCUUGACCACGACGGGCUACACCCAGGAGGACUACACCAUGCUGGGCUCGGACGACUUUUUCUACAUCGGGGGCAGCCCCAACACCGCCGACCUGCCCGGCUCGCCAGUCAGCAACAACUUCAUGGGCUGCCUGAAGGACGAAGGCAAGUUUUUGGAAGGUGGGAGUGGACCGCAGUACCAUUGUUGGAGAAAGCCUGUGGAGAACAUGCGGACUCCCCCCAGAAGGUCCCCCUGGUUCGGAAUCAAACCCAGGACCCGAGAGCUGUCCUGGGUUUGA